UGGUCCCGUUUUCUGCCGCGUGCGGACACGGCGGCCCCAGCACAUUCACAUCAUCAUCAAGCAGGGCGCGCGCCCUGUUUGAAAAAAUACAGAGCGAGAGAGGAAAGCGCGUGCAGCAGAUGACAGGCUCCUCGUGCGGCAGAUAGACAUCACUUCUGGUCAAGUCAGUCGGUAGAAAAACAGAGCGAUGCAGUAGAGUCUCAGUAGAGACGGUUCUCCUUCUUCUUCUGUGGUGUUUUACUUUUACUUUUCCCCGUCUGUGAUGCGGGCGGCGGAGCGGCGAAUCUCCGGGAUCUUUAAAGUACGCUCUCGUGCGUGACUCUGUUGGACCUCAGGAUGACGACGACCGCGGUGGACACAAACAACAAUAACAACAACAACACAGGAGGUGUGAUCUCCUACGUGGGUUUAUGUGGAGGAUCUCCGACCCGGACCAGUCCAGUCUCCAUGUACAGCGAGAACUCCAACUCCCAGUCCUGCUUCACCUCCUCCUCCUCUUUAACUCCCUCCUUCCUGAGCAGCAGCUCCAGUUCCGGCUCUGCAGGAGAGGAUGGCUCCUCCUCGGCCUCCUCUUCAGCAGGAGGUUCACCUCGAGGCAGGGACGAUGGAGGAUCUCUGAGGGCGUCACCCAGCAAGUCGGUGGCCAGUCUGACCAAGCUCAAUGGGAUGGUGUUGCUGUGUAAAGUUUGUGGCGACGUGGCCUCAGGUUUCCAUUAUGGAGUUCACGCCUGCGAGGGCUGUAAGGGUUUCUUCCGUCGCAGCAUCCAGCAGAACAUCCAGUACAAGAAGUGUCUGAAGAACGAGAGCUGCACCAUCAUGAGGAUCAACAGGAACCGCUGCCAACAAUGUCGCUUCAAGAAGUGCCUUUCUGUGGGCAUGAGCCGAGACGCGGUUCGUUUUGGUCGGAUCCCGAAACGUGAGAAACAGAGGAUGUUGGCUGAGAUGCAGAGCGCCAUGAACAACAUGGUCAACAACCAGCUGCAGAACGACUUCCAGCUCGCCAGCCUCGCCUCUUCCUCCUCCUCUUCUUCAUCGUCAUCAUCUUCUUCAUCAUCCUCCUCUCCCUGCCCGGGCAUGACCAUUGCCCCCCAGCCCCAGACCUCAGCCUUGCCACUCGCCCCCUCCUCCCCUUCCCCUCCUGCCCCAGCCUCCUCUUCCUCACCCACUCCUCUUCCAAAUCCUCCUCCCCCUUGUCGGAGCCCCUCCCCCUUCCCUACACCCACUACCAGCCCCGGGGUGGAGUACACCAUUAGCGCCAUCGCCCGUGCUCACCGCGAGACCUUCCUGUACGCUCACGACAAGCUGGCCAAUGCCCACACACCACCUCAGCAGCAGCAGAAUAACCACGCCCACCACCAUAAUGCGGAGGCGGAGCUCUGGGGCCCCAAUCGCUGCCCCAAUGGCUACCAUGCCAACAGCCUCAACACCAUCAAUCACCAUAACAACAACCUGGGCACAGGUCGCUACCUGCUACCUGAAGACAACUGCAAUGGCAUGCAUCAUCACCGUGGCAACAGGAGGCAGGGCUUACACAACAAUAAUCUGAUUGGAGGAAACAAGCUUGGUGAUCAUGUGACCCAGGGGCAGAACUGUCCAAUGAGGAACCGCACAGGAAUAGUGUUGGCUUGUCCAAUGAACAUGCGGCCUCAUGCUGACCCCUCAAAGACCCCCCAGGAGAUCUGGGAGGACUUCUCUCUGUCCUUCACCCCCGCUGUCAGAGAGGUGGUGGAGUUUGCCAAACAUAUCCCAGGAUUCAGUGCUCUGUCCCAGAACGACCAGGUCACCCUGCUGAAGGCCGGCACCUUUGAGGUGCUGAUGGUGCGCUUUGCUUCGCUGUUCAACGUGAAUGAACAGAUGGUUACCUUUAUCUCUGGCGCCACCUACAGCCUGGAGGAGCUGCAGGCAAUGGGGAUGAGUGACCUGCUGGGAGCCAUGUUCGACUUCAGCCACAAACUGGCUGCACUGGAGCUGAACACUGAGGAACUGGGACUGUUCACCGCCGUGGUGCUGGUGUCUGCAGACCGCUCUGGUAUCGAGAACGUGGCGUCGGUGGAGCAGCUGCAGGAGAGCCUGAUCCGAGCUCUGCGCUCGCUGGUCAGCAAGUCGGCUGUCGUCCCUGGCAACAACCACCACAACCUGGACUCACCGCGCUUCACCAAACUUCUGCUGAAGCUGCCCGACCUGCGAACACUCAACAACAUGCACUCUGAGAAGCUCCUGUCCUUCCGCAUCGACGCGUGACGAUGUCACUGACAUCACCGGUCUGUCUGUUCAGACGGGAUUCAGGGUCACUUCCUGUGGCUGCUAGUGAUGAUAAACAAGAUCAUGUGGAGCUCUCCAUCGCCAUGACAUUGCCUCAUUACAUCAUAAUCCCAGCGCUGAUGAUAACUUCAUCGCCCCUAACAUGGUGGCAUGGUGAUGACGUUACCUUGGCAUCAACUGUUCAGCUCACUGCCAAAAUAAGUCUGUAGCUCACGGAGCAGUUUCUGGCCUCCAGAAUCCUCCAGACUGGACAUGUUUUAUCUUUAAUCCAGGAACAAUUCACAUUCAUGUAAUCUCUGUGGAUCCAGCACAAAGUGUUUAACCUAGCUUAGCGAGAGGACUGGAGGAAACCUGAUAGCCUAGCUUCACCUUUUCUUUGACUUUAUGGUAUGAUGAGGGGAAGAAAAGCUAAAGAAAGAUGAGUAAAGAAAGCAGAGGACAGGACAUGAUGCUCAGUAAUGGACAAACACUAAAGAAAUAAACAAAUACAAAACAAAUGAGUAAACAAGCCUAACUACCAGCUGCUGUAACACUGGCUAGCAGUUUCCCCCUGCUUUCAGUCUUUGUGCUAAGCUAGGCUAAUGCACCUAGCCGUGCAUUGAAACAUUUGAAGCUGUGGUCACACCACAUCUCAGCGAAAUUCAUCCAAGUGUUGGUGAAACAGAGGCAGAGAGGUGAAAGGUCAAAGAUCACGUGUGAGCAGAGCCGGACAGGUGCACACAGGUGCAGUUAAAUUACACUGCAAACAGGAGCUGAAAACACAGGGAUGGAGCCACAGCACGGGGGCACUGCUGUGACCAGAAAACACAAAACAUCGCACUCUUCCGGUUCUUUCAGGAAAAAGGGGACAUCCAGAACUUCCGAUAUUCAAACCUUCCCUCUGACCCGAGCCAACACCAGCCAGCAGUACCACGGAGCGGUGGUGACUGACAGCUUCACUGACAGAGGAGGUGGAGGAGGGACGAUGUGUUUAAGUACAAUCAGAAAAUCAGACAUGAGUGAGCUGCAGCGUGCAGACCGAAGCCUCAACCACUCACCUCUCUAACAAACGUUAUGCAGCAAAUCCUCUGUAAAAACUGUAAAUACUGAAAUACAAAUAUCCAGUUAUACUUGAACUGUUUGGAGAACUGUGUAUGACACCAGGAUGUAAUAUUUUACGUCUAUAUUUUUUGUUAAUAUGAAUACAUGUCUGUGCAAAUAUUAAGACUAUAAAAGUGUGUGGGGCACAAACUGUAUGUAAAACACAUUUGAAACGUGAAGUAUGAAAUGCAUCUAAUGGAAAAGAUAUUCUGUAUUCUGGUGUAUGUAUUAUAAUGUGAGCUUACGUUGUAAAGACAGACUGAAGAAUC